AUGCCUCGAGAAAAAAGCGGUAGAAAGAUGGUUCAACGAAAGUUGUCUGAAAUGUUCUCUUCCGCUAAAAGGGAGAAAGACUCUAUUGAAAAAGAUAAACCAAAAAAGAAAAUUAAACAAACUGUUGAAAAAAGUGAAAGAAAGGGAGAACAAUCUAUAAUCGUUAAUGAAGAAGAACGACGCGACCUGAUUAUUGAAGAAAAUAGUCCUAUAUCAUCACUUAAGGUUUCUAAUGCAGCUUCUGCUGGGCAAAAAACUCGUACUAAAACAUCAUCAAGUCGUCCAAGAAUAUUGGAUGAAUCUGAUGAUGAAAUAUUUGAGGAUUAUAACGAUGUUGAAGAUUUCGUAGAUGAAAACGAUAUUGUUCCACUUGAAGUUUCACUCCCUGAUGUUACAAGUGAACCAGAACAAUCACCAAGAGGUGAUAUGGAUAUUCGAACAAAGCUUACAUUUCAUGAUGAGGACUUUACACCGAUAGAUAAACUGCUUCACGCGUUUGACCUGAAUUAUCAAUUCGGUCCUUGUGUUGGAUUAACAAGAUUAGCUCGUUGGGAGAGAGCUCAUAGACUUGGAUUAAACCCACCUAAAGAAGUUAUUGAUACUUUAACUUCUGAAGCUAUAAAACAAAAUCCAAAACUUAACGAAUCUGUCUUUUUUGGAAGGGUUUGA